CGACGCGCGGCCGCGGGAACCAGAUCCCGGACGACCACGGAGACGGCUCCAGCUCCUCCCUGCCGGGGCGGCGGCGGCGGCGGCUCUUCGGCUGCUCCCGAGCCGCCUGCUGGCCCCGCGCCCCACCCCAUCCCCACGGGCGGGGAGCGGGCCCUCUGCAGCCGGGUGGCCCCGGGAGCGGAGAAGCCAAGGACCCCUUUCGUUCCUUCUCCAUAUUGCUUGAUGGGAGGCAUUAUGGCCCCCAAAGACAUAAUGACAAAUACUCAUGCUAAAUCCAUCCUCAAUUCAAUGAACUCCCUCAGGAAGAGCAACACUCUUUGCGAUGUGACUCUGAGAGUAGAGCAGAAAGACUUCCCUGCGCAUCGGAUUGUGCUGGCUGCCUGCAGCGAUUACUUCUGUGCCAUGUUCACGAGUGAGCUUUCAGAGAAGGGGAAACCUUAUGUUGAUAUCCAAGGUUUAACUGCCUCUACGAUGGAAAUCCUAUUGGACUUUGUGUACACAGAAACAGUACAUGUGACAGUGGAGAACGUGCAGGAACUGCUCCCUGCGGCCUGUCUGCUUCAGCUGAAAGGAGUGAAGCAAGCCUGCUGUGAGUUCUUAGAAAGUCAGCUGGACCCUUCUAAUUGCCUGGGCAUCAGGGAUUUUGCCGAAACUCACAAUUGUGUUGACCUGAUGCAGGCAGCUGAGGUUUUUAGCCAGAAGCAUUUUCCUGAAGUGGUACAGCAUGAAGAAUUCAUUCUUCUAAGUCAAGGAGAGGUGGAAAAGCUAAUCAAGUGUGACGAAAUUCAGGUGGAUUCUGAAGAGCCGGUCUUUGAGGCCGUCAUCAACUGGGUGAAGCAUGCCAAAAAGGAGCGAGAAGAGUCCCUGCCUGACCUGCUGCAGUAUGUCCGGAUGCCCCUGCUGACCCCCAGGUACAUCACGGACGUAAUAGAUGCUGAGCCUUUCAUCCGCUGUAGUUUACAAUGCAGGGACCUAGUUGAUGAAGCAAAGAAGUUUCAUCUGAGGCCUGAACUGCGAAGUCAGAUGCAGGGACCCCGGACGAGGGCUCGUCUAGGAGCAAAUGAAGUGCUCCUGGUGGUUGGGGGCUUCGGAAGCCAGCAGUCUCCCAUCGAUGUGGUAGAGAAAUACGACCCUAAGACUCAGGAGUGGAGCUUUUUACCAAGCAUCACUCGCAAGAGGCGUUACGUGGCCUCAGUGUCCCUACAUGACCGCAUCUAUGUAAUUGGUGGCUAUGAUGGCCGCUCCCGCCUCAGUUCAGUGGAAUGUCUAGACUACGCAGCGGAUGAGGAUGGCGUCUGGUACUCUGUGGCCCCCAUGAAUGUCCGGCGAGGCCUUGCCGGAGCCACCACCCUAGGAGAUAUGAUCUAUGUCUCUGGAGGCUUUGAUGGAAGCCGGCGUCAUACCAGUAUGGAGCGAUAUGACCCAAACAUUGACCAGUGGAGCAUGCUGGGAGAUAUGCAGACAGCCCGGGAAGGUGCUGGGCUUGUAGUGGCUAGUGGAGUGAUCUACUGCCUAGGAGGAUAUGAUGGUUUGAAUAUCUUAAAUUCUGUUGAGAAAUAUGAUCCUCAUACAGGACACUGGACUAAUGUUACACCAAUGGCCACCAAGCGCUCUGGUGCAGGAGUAGCCCUUCUGAAUGACCAUAUUUAUGUGGUGGGGGGAUUUGAUGGUACGGCCCACCUUUCCUCCGUUGAAGCAUACAACAUUCGCACCGAUUCCUGGACAACUGUCACCAGUAUGACCACCCCACGAUGCUAUGUAGGGGCCACAGUGCUUCGGGGGAGACUUUAUGCAAUUGCAGGAUACGACGGGAAUUCCCUGCUGAGCAGCAUCGAGUGCUAUGACCCUAUCAUCGACAGCUGGGAAGUAGUGACAUCCAUGGGAACCCAGCGCUGCGAUGCUGGCGUGUGUGUUCUCCGGGAGAAGUGACCACUACUGGAGCAUCACGCCAAGCCAGUAACCGGGCCACGGGGUAGUUUGCUGAAGAAGCAAGGAUCCUUUGCAGAAUGUCUGUUCCUCACUCUGUGCACAGGGUGAUCACAAGCACCAGGGCGGUGGUGGUUGUACUGACUUGCCAGGCACUCCCCUGUGCGCUGGCAGUUGUCCCUGAGGAGGGUGGGUAACAGACACUCCAGGGAAGAGAAAGAACGCACACUGAAGGGGUGUGAGAGGCCAGGUCACCUCUCCUUGUGGUCUAGUGAGCACUUUCUUGUCAUCUCUAACUUCCUGUGUGCUUGGAUAUGUAUGUUGUGCCUCAUGUAUUGCAGAGAACUAAGGUGAGUAUGGCCUGUGAGAUGUGGGCAGUAUCCAGCCUAGCUGAUUGGGAGGAUACCAGUUUGAGUAAGCUUGGUAAAAAUCCAAGUCUUUUGUUUUCCAGGAACAAAUAUCUUUCCUAGUCUACACGUAGCAAAGGGCAACACAGUUCCAUUCCAGAAGACAACAAAGGGAAGGGUCCUGUCAAAACUCGGGGGGCCUGGGGAGAGAUCUCCCUUAGGGGACAAGGUUGGUAUAUCAGGACUAGGUUUACAGUAGUGAAGUAAACUAAAUUUGAUGGGAAAUGAGUGAUCCUAGAACACCACUAAGUAUGACCUGCAAGACAGACAGCGUAUUAUUUGAAGGGUCUUUCAUUUCCCCUUGCGCUUUCCAGAACUGGAAUAUUGUGCAUCUUAGCGCCAGAGACCAGAAGAAUAACAGAGUGAGUAAAUGUUGGGCUGGAGCAGAGGUGGAAUAAAGGUGGGAGUUCGAUAUGCCUGGGAACAAAUUACCUGUGAUUUUACAGUUGUCUUACUCCCUGCCAGGGCUCAUCUGCCCAUGGCAAGGUUCGCUUUGAAUGAAUAAGGGACUGUCUCUCUUUGUUGAAUCAAAUACUACUACACUUCCAUGCUAUUUAUUUGGGGGUGGGAUGGGGAUGGCAGAAGCCUAGAAGUUCAGCUACCUGAUUAUUGCCCUGUUCUUGUGAGGGCUCACUUCUGUGAAGGAGUCGUUUUUACUGCUGAGUUUGGUACAUUUAGUCCUUGCCCUACUAUGAAGUUCCCUUACCUGUCCUUAGAUUGGAUUUUAUUCAUCCAAGGAGAAUAAUCAAGGACAGCCAAAAUUCUUUUGUCAGUUCCCAUACCACCUAUCACCAUUUCUGAGCUCCUAGUCAAGGCUCCUAUGUGUUAAUGGAGUGAAAUCCUUGCUUCACCGUAUUGGGAGGGUGGGAACAUGAUAACCUUAACAAGGACGCACUUUCUCUUUGGUCUGAAAUUCCAUUUUUUUCUCUUCCCUGAGUUGUAUUAAAGAGUUCAUUUCCUUUGUAUUUUUUUAAGAAAAAAUAAAAAUUCAGCUGUCUUAAAUGCC